GCGGAGAAUGCGUAACGCUCUGACGUCAUAAUCAAGCGACAAGCAACAAUGGGACAAAGUCAGAGCGGAGGACACGGGCCAGGAGGAGGAAAGAAGGAUGACAAGGAUAAGAAAAAGAAGUAUGAACCCCCCAUUCCCACAAGAGUUGGAAAGAAAAAGAAGAAGACCAAGGGACCAGAUGCUGCCAGCAAACUACCACUUGUCACCCCUCAUACUCAGUGCCGCCUGAAGCUGCUGAAACAGGAGCGGAUCAAAGACUAUCUGCUGAUGGAGGAAGAGUUUAUUAGGAACCAGGAGCAGAUGAAGCCUCUAGAGGAAAAGCAGGAGGAGGAGAGGUCUAAAGUGGACGACCUGAGAGGCACCCCGAUGUCUGUGGGCACUCUGGAGGAGAUCAUCGAUGAUAACCACGCCAUUGUCUCCACCUCUGUCGGGUCAGAGCACUACGUCAGUAUACUGUCGUUUGUGGACAAAGACCUUCUGGAGCCUGGCUGCUCUGUGCUGCUUAACCACAAGGUACAUGCUGUCAUUGGAGUCCUCAUGGAUGACACAGAUCCUUUAGUGACAGUAAUGAAAGUAGAAAAGGCUCCACAGGAAACAUACGCAGACAUCGGAGGACUUGACAACCAGAUCCAGGAGAUCAAGGAGUCAGUGGAGCUUCCUCUCACACAUCCAGAAUACUAUGAAGAAAUGGGCAUCAAACCUCCCAAAGGAGUUAUUCUGUACGGACCCCCGGGCACGGGUAAAACACUUCUGGCCAAGGCUGUAGCCAAUCAGACGUCGGCCACCUUCCUGCGCGUAGUGGGCUCGGAGCUCAUUCAGAAGUACCUGGGAGAUGGACCCAAACUCGUACGCGAGCUGUUCCGGGUGGCAGAGGAGCACGCACCCUCCAUCGUGUUCAUUGACGAGAUCGAUGCUAUCGGCACCAAGAGGUAUGACUCAAACUCGGGCGGAGAGAGGGAGAUCCAGAGGACCAUGUUGGAGCUGCUGAAUCAGCUGGAUGGUUUCGACUCUCGGGGCGAUGUGAAGGUCAUCAUGGCCACCAACAGGAUCGAGACACUGGACCCGGCCCUCAUCAGACCUGGGAGAAUUGACCGUAAGAUUGAGUUCCCAUUGCCAGACGAAAAAACCAAAAGGCGAAUUUUCCAGAUUCACACGAGCCGCAUGACGGUGGCUGACGAUGUGACACUCGACGACCUCAUAUUGGCCAAGGAUGACCUCUCGGGAGCCGACAUUAAAGCCAUCUGCACAGAAGCCGGUCUCAUGGCUUUACGUGAACGCCGCAUGAAAGUCACCAACGAAGACUUCAAAAAAUCGAAAGAGAACGUUUUGUACAAGAAACAGGAAGGCACACCAGAGGGGCUCUACCUCUAGAUGCCCCCUGUCCCACGCCCACCCCCCUUACUGUUGGUUGAAAGGAGCGGACAGCACCUAACUCAGCUGUCUUCAGAAAAUUUUGAUAUAUUUUGUGCAUGUCAUGUCCAGCCCAUUGUUACCUUGAGUGUUUAAAAUAGGUAAUAAAUUCUCAAUAUAAUCA